AUGACCACGCUUUUGGCUUGCCCGUUAGUGUACACGAAACCUUUUCGAUCCUUUGGCUUUGCGUCCUUCGGGUCCUUUGUGAAGCUCUUCAUAUUUCUUGCAACCGCUCCGAGUGCUGGUGCCGUCAACCACUUUGGCAUUCGUGCCCAAUCGCAGCGGGCUACUGAGAAGCUGGAGCAUGAGGUCCAAUGGGGCCCUUUGGGCGACAUUGCAUCUUCAGCGACCGAAGCGGUCACAAAUGCGGCAGAAUCUGCAGUCGACUCGAUGACAUCUUCUAUGGCUAGAGCUUUCCUAGGAGACAUGGCAGUGGACAGCUUCGACUUGCCGCCUCCGAGCAAAAGAGUUAUCAACCAGCAGGUGAUUGUGUGCAUUGUCGCCACCUUUGUAGUUGUUGCUGUGGGUCUCCUUCUUGAUGCGUUUAUGCCACCAGCGAAAUCCUCAACGCGACCCACCUACCUUUGCAUCGCCACUUUACUUGGAAGCUAUGGGCUUCUAGUACCAGGACUCAUCAGUAAUCUUUUCCAGUUCCUCCUUGGAGUGGAAUUGCUCGGCGCAAAGGUGCUCCUAACCCAGGUGAAUGGUGAAUACUCCGCGAUCACCGAGUCAACCGUGGGUUUGGUGCAUCUUCUCUUCGAGACUGGUGGCUGGAUAGGAGCUUUGCUGCUCAUCCUUUAUGCCAUGGUGGUGCCGGCAGUGAAGAUCGCAGCUCUGAUCUUGGGUGAAUUCUGGCGUGAGAAUUCGGACCCACGCAAAGUACACAAAGCCAAGAUGCUCAUUGAGGUCGUGCAAUUCAUCAGCAAGUGGGCAUGCCCAGAUAUGUUUGCCUACAUCCUUCUUUUAUACCUUUUCCGUCACUUGGAUGGUGCCGGUGGGGUGGUUGCAGCGCCAGCGCAGCUUGGGAUUGGCUUUGCUUGCUUUAGCAUCUUCUGCGUGUUUUCGACAUUCUCGGCCCUCAUGGUGCAGGUUCCAGUGACUCCGGAGGAGUUGGAUGAUGUGAGCCGUCCUUGGGUGCUACGUACGUUUGGUAAUGAGUCCCUCUUCAGCGUGGUAGCAGUUGCCUUCCUGGUGUUCAUGGGGGUGUUCAUUCUGGGUUUGUUUACGCCAACUAUGGCGAUGUUCCUGGACUCCAGCAUUCUGCUCAAGCCAACUGGGCCUCUUGAUGCCUCGAUGAAGCCUUUGAUAGAUUCGUUGCAUAUCGAAGAGCUUGUCAAUGCGGAGGUGACCAUUGCUGGAGCCACUCGAGCUCUUACCGGCUAUAUUUCUACUGGUGAGCUCAACGAUAUUUUCGCUGUGUUGAUGCUUUCCGUCUUCGUUGUCACGUUGCCAAUUGUAAACAUGCUUUGUCUUCUGCUGGCUUCGUGGAAGAUGUCAGACCCGGAAGCAGCAUGGAGAUUUAUCAAAGUCUCCAAAGUUCUGAAGCACAUUGAAAUGCUGGACGUUGCCAUUAUGGGCAUUAUCGUGGUCACCUGCGCUGGCACAGCUUACCACAAACAAGGCGUACUCUUCAGUGUCAUGUUGGGGCUUUGGGUGCUCUUGCUGGCGGAGGUUUUGCAUUAUGUGAUUCACUUCCAGAUUCUGCUAGACAUGCUCCAAAGCCUCCAAAGUGACUUGCCAGAGCGAGACAAAAGAGAGAUUGAAGUGCCAGCCAGCCAAGUCCUGGCAUUCAACGAAGCCCUCAGCAAGGUGCGAGACUUUGAGGAGACCUGGCAAAGCACGGCAGGUUCAGAUCACUCUGAAAAGCAAGACUCAGCAGAGGCGACCGAGGCUGAGGGCGCAACUGAGUCUGCCUCGCAGCGACGGGACCUGAAGGCUUUUGUGCAAAAGAUAUACUUCAAACUUUUGAGAGAAGGCGUCGAGCCGAAUGAAGCAGCUGCUCAAGCCAUUCUCCAGGUGCUGGGAAGUGCCAGGGGUGGGUCGAGUAGGAGCAGCAACAAGGCCAACAAGGGCAGGAACAGCAAGAAUGUGUUGCACCUGCACCUUUGGGCGGCCAACAGUGUUUGCCUGACCGAAUUGGGGCUGCGUAAUGACUUGCACGGUUGCCUUGCUGCCUCGUGCGCAGUCGACAAGAUGGCACAGAAAAACCACAGUGGUGCAUUUCAAGAGCCGCCUGUAGCAUGCUCAUGCCAUGCACAGCUAUUGGAAGAGGUUGGCAGAAACGGGCGCGAGCCCACAGCAGCGGACGGCUUCAUUGUGAGCUUCAUUGUGGACUACGCUGACCAGGCUGUGAAGGCCAGACCAGAGGGAUUUGCUCAGCUGCCGUUGCUGGCAGCUUUGGCGCGAAAACGCGAGGGAAGAAGUCAGGAAAAGGAAGGAAAGGACGCCUUGAAAGGCACCAAGAGCACAGAGACGAAAGAGGUCCAGAGGCAGGUUUUGGCGUAUUUGAGUCUCACUCCUGCAAUACCGGGAAAACAUGUGAAAACGGUGCUGCCAGCUCAUAUUGUUCUGAGCACGGGCGAUGCCUCCCCGACCUCCGCCGAGUCCACUGAGUUUCGGUCUGACAGCUCCGAAGCAUCGCUCAAGGAGGAGAUCCCAGCGAAGCCAACUGUGUACGACCCAAACCUGUGGUACAUCCAUGGCAACAGCUAUGAUUUGCAUGAAUUUGUUGACAAACAUCCUGGUGGGCGCAUGGCGCUUUUGACCGGUCGCGGCCGUGACUGUACUGCGCUUUUUGAGUCGUACCACCCCUGGAAUGACAAGCACCGCAAGAUUCUUCGUGCAUAUGGCGCAGCACCACCUCCUCCAGAUCCAUUUUAUGAGGAAAUCAAGGCAGGGAUCCGUGAAGCCUUCCCGGAAGGCUGCGGCAGCACCAAGAUGCGGCUGCAUGCAAAGAUCGGGUUGGCUGCAGCAUGGUCGUUCAUGAUGUGGCUCUUUUUUGUCGUAGCCACUCCACUUUCCAGUUUGCUUGCUGGGUGUUUGGUGGCGACAGUGGCCACUCGCAUGUCCCACGAGGGCGGGCAUUGGCAGGUCAGCCGCAAGGAGUGGGUGAACCGUUUGAGCCUUUUCCUUGGCUUCUUCAUUGUGGGUCCGUCGAUGUGCUGGUACUAUCAGCAUGUCGUGAGCCACCACGUUAGCACCAAUCAAGACAAGGAUGCGGAGAAGGAUGUGGAUGUGGAGUACAUUUGGAUUGCAGAUAAGCUUCCUGGUUGGAUGAAGGUUUUGUCAUUGCCUGGCAUCUUCAUUGGCACCGUUGUUGAGGUUGGAGUGAAGCGUAUGAUUGUGGACCUCUUGAUCCGUGGGCAUGUCGGUGGCCAUAAGGUCGACUACCGCCUGGGUGGGAUCCUCAUUGAGAUUCCGUUGUGGUGCUUCCUCCACUACAUGUUCGGACCAUCCAUGCUCUGCUAUGUGUGCAUGUGGCUCACUGCGGGUGCAAUCUUUGUUCCCUGCUCUCAAGUAGCUCACGUCAUUCUGUAUCCGGACUCUGACAAGCAUGAAUCCUGGGCCAAGAUGCAGAUCGCCGAGAGCGUGGACUUUGCCAGUGAGUCAGACUUUUGGUUCCACGUCGCAUUUGGCCUCACUACACAAAUUGAGCACCACUUGUUCCCUGGCAUCGGACAUCACUGCUAUGACACAUGCAGGAAGAUUACUCGGAAGGUGUGUGCCAAGCAUGGCGUGCACCAUUCGGAUGUUUCUGCCUCCGCAGCCUUCGGUGCUUUGUGGACGCGACUGGUGGCUGCAACUCCAGCAGCCUUGCUCAUGUGA